CUCUCCUAGCAUUCUACACGUCCGUCCAUUCUGCGGUUUAUGCUAAUCCUUAAAUUCAUUACAUCACUAGAAAGCGGGAAGUGCGGUUUAUGUAAACUAUAACUUCAGGAAGCUGAGUUUCGUAGUUUCGUUUCUUCCGUGUAUGCUUUAUAAAUAAACUGGUCACUUGUUGCCAGAAACAGAUCGGGUAGACAACCGAAAGAGAUUGUGUAUGAAAAUCCUGUCACUUCUUUCAAAAUGGAAAAUUGUCACAGAGAGGAUGAAGUUGUGUCAUCAUUUGCUUCUGUAGACCCUCAGUGGGAUUCAGACUAUUUUUCUAUAAUGUCUGCAAAUUCAACUAAAGGGAAGUGUGCUGUGCAGAUUUUAGACAAGUUUGGCAAUCACAUUGUUAAUGCUACUGGAGAUUACACUAAAAAGAAUGCAAUCUUUAGAGUUUACCAAGGGGUAGACAAUAUUGGUAGAAUUGUUGUUAUGUUUGAGUGCCUCAGUGAACAACCCCAUGGCUGGAUGUUAGCAGUGGAUGAUAAUGGAAAAUUGACUACCCGUAAGCGAAAGGUGGAGUACAAGAACUUCAGUCAAGGUGAACCAGAUGUUGUUUUCAUUUAUCACAGAGUUGAUUAUAAACAUGGGAAUGUAAUGUUUUACUCUGAAAAGGCAAAAGGCUUUGUCGGUUUUGAUACAAAUGGUGAUCCAAUGAGUUUAAAGGAAGUACCCAAGUAUAGCAAAGCUGCAGAUUUGUAUUUGGAACAAAGUAAAUUACCAAGUAGUUGAUUUUGCUUAAACUUUGAUUACAGUGAUAUUGAGGAGUCCUAAAAACUGGAAUAAGAUUUUAUUCUUUGCUUAAGAUAAAUAUAAUUGAGUAGACUUACAAACACUCAAGUAGCAAAAGGAAUUGAAAACCAAGAAUGUGGCUUGCUUCUUCA